AUGGCUAUCCAUCCGGUGUUAUUGAGUACAUCGCUGGCUAAUGUUGGUGAGUUGGACGCAGCAGAGGCGGCGGGAAUACACCCACUGGCAUACCCGACUCGCCUUGUCGGCAGCGUUCUAUACGCUCAUAUCGUGGAGUGGAGCGCCGAGAUUAGGGAUGAACAAUCCCGGCUGGAAGCAGCACAGCUCGCCUUUCGUCAGAGGCCGACAGACCACUGGCCCCAGAUAGAAUAUAUUCGCACUCUCACUCGAAACUCACUUUGGCAACGUCUUAUCGACUUCGUCAAAUGGUUAAACGGGAGGCCGAGUGGCACGAGGCAACCCUGUAGCUUGAUGUUAUGGCUGGUUAUAAUCACUCCCGAGAUAUAUGAUUACAUCGGGAUCGCUAGCCGGUGA